AGUAACAACUAACAAGUGUGAGUGACACUCACAUUAAAAGCACUCGCAUUACAAGGAGACGGUUCCAAUAUUGUACAUGGAGCAACCACCAUACACUGAAGAUGACCCGAGCACCACCACCACCCUCCCAAAAGCUGACUCACAAGGCGGAGGCACCCGCCACCCGGUGUACCGAGGAGUCCGGAAGCGGAGGUGGGGGAAAUGGGUGUCCGAAAUUAGGGAACCACGCAAAAAGUCACGCAUUUGGCUAGGCUCUUUCCCUGUGCCGGAGAUGGCUGCCAAGGCCUACGACGUUGCCGCCUACUGCCUCAAGGGCCGAAAAGCGCAACUGAACUUCCCCGAGGAAGUUGACCACUUGCCGAGGCCGUCCACGAGUACGGCUAGGGACAUUCAGGCAGCAGCAACCCAAGCAGCACAUACAAUCAUGAAGUCGUCACAUAUCACCAGAAAAAGUGACGAAGACGACAAUGAUCAUCAUCAUCACGGCGGAAUGGACGGUGGAGAUGAUUUUUGGGGAGAGAUAGAGUUGCCUGAGCUGAUGGAUACUAGUGGGUGCUAUUGGAAUUCAUGUGGCUGGAAUAUGACUUCGUUUUCAGGUGAAGCGGCGGCGGCGGCAUGGCCAGAGGGAGAGGCUUGUCUCUGAUUAAGAAGUGUUGGGUGUGGUUGGUAUGGUCAUCAUAUAUAUGUACUAAUUAAUUAGUUAGGUAGAUUAGGUUGUUUUUGUGUGUAUCAUUACUCCUAUGUGCUUGUUUAGAUCCGCAGGUUUCAAAUAAAAUCACAAUUAAACUUGA